AUGGACAAUGCCAAUAUUCAUGUGAAGCAUGUUGAAUCUACGGCUGAUGCCAAUGCUCGUUCCAAUCCAAAGCAUGCCAAGCCUAUUGAUGAUGCCAAAUAUCGAGCACAGCCUGUCGAAAAAAAUUAUGGCAAAGGGGGCUUCCAUCCCAUACAUCUCGAAGAUACCUUCAAGCACGAUCGCUACAAGGUCAUACACAAAUUAGGACAUGGAGGAUUCGCGACGGCAUGGCUUGCACGAGAUACUAAGCGAGAAAGAUAUGUUGCUUUAAAAAUUCUUGCGGCACGAUUAUCAAGUACUUCAAAAGAGGUUGACAUGUUACGUCGGAUGAAGUCGAGGCGAGUAAAUCCCGAGCAUGACGGAAGAUUUUACGUCAUGUCUUUGCUAGAUCAUUUCACUCACAAGGGCCCAAACGGAGACCAUUUAUGCUUGGUCUCUGAAGUUGGAGGACCUAGCAUCAAACAAUUCAAUUCUUGUCCAGGUGAAUAUAAAGGAAGCCGACGGUUGGAAGCGUCUGUGGCAAGGAAUGUUUGCUGGCAGGCUAUACAUGGCUUAAAUUAUAUUCAUAGCACCGGCGUCGUUCAUGGAGGUUUGCAAUGCCAUAUAACUUCCUUCUUACUUUUCCAUCAGCUCACCACAAAAUUAGAUGUUACUCCUGCCAACAUUCUGUUACAGCUUGCCAAUAUCGACGAGUGGACCGAGGAACAAAUCUAUGAAAGACUAGGUGUUCCUCAGAAAACAGAGAUCAUAUAUGCCAACUCCAAGCUUCCAGUAACUGAUUCUUCCUUUCCUGAUUAUACCGUUGCCCCAAUCAACAUGAAGGAGGUUAAUCCCAAGUGGAUAGCAAAUGACAUCAUAAUAAUCGAUUUUGGUAUCGCUUUCCUCCAAACGGCCCCAUCUUUUGACCUUGGCACGCCCAAAAGCUAUUGUGCACCUGAGUUCUUAUUCGGUUGUUACAGAAGUGCCGCUUCAGAUAUAUGGGCUCUAGGAUGUACAAUUUUUGAGAUUCGUACAGGAUCUCGGUUGUUCAAAUAUGAUGGCAUUCCUAACAGGGACGAGAUGUUGAUAGCUGCAGUGAGACUUCUAGGCGUCUUUCCUGAUGAAUGGUGGGAUGCGUGGAAAGAAGGUCUACAAUGGUAUAGAGAACAAACAGAAAUUGAUGCAAAAUCAGCAGGAAACAUACUCGAUCAGAUUUUGCAGACCGGUACACACGAUGGUGAUGCUCCUCCUCAUCGACAUAAGCUGAGAAAUGAAGCGCUGGAAUGCAUUGAAAAUUUCAAGGAGCAUCCUCAGACUGAUAUGCUUGAUGGAACAGAUCAACUCGUGGAGAUGGCGGAGAAGUUGAGAACCAGCGAAGCGGAGGCUAUUCUCAAGUCAGCGAAUCUUGUUGGCCAAGGAAUAUCUAUUUCUUAUUCCAACAAAGCCGAAAAUGGUUCUGCUGCGGGAUCUCAGUCGAACCCAAAGAGUUCCGAAGACAAGAGUUCGGAAUUCAAGAGUUCGAAAUCCAAGAGUUCAGACGCUAAAAGUUCUGAGGCCAAGAGUUCAGAUGCUAAAAGCUCGGAGAAGACACCAUCUUCCGAGGGACUAUCGACAGGCCGAUCCCCUAAAAAAAGUUUCACUAAAUUUUCCAUACCGGCAGAGAAACCCAAAACGAAAACCUCUGCCAACGUGUCCGAUUCAGAAGAUAAUGAGACUCAGAGUAUGGUAACUUCUACUGAGGUCGAACGUUGCGGUCCUGAACAUUCUAAUAGUUACCUUGAGCCAUCCGGCAUUAAGAUAUCUACUGCUGAAGCAAAAAUUCUCGAGGACUUACUCCGAAAGUCUCUCAGGUACCUACCUGAGGAACGAAGUACUGCUCUGGAAUUAUCGAAACACAUUUGGUUCUCUGGUAUAUCCAAAGAGGUCAACUAA